AUGAAUCCUCAUACGGAUAAUUUGGCCAUCACGUUCGAUACAAAAAAUGUAAAUGAAGGUCUAACAACUGCUUGUAUUAAUAUUCCACCAACGAUCAGUGAAACGAUUGGUAUAAUAAAAAAUGGAGAUGAAGGGGAAAGAGCUUAUGUAACAACCGCUUGUUCUCGUUGUCAGAAACGUCACAUAAGGUGCGAUGACCAAAGGCCUUCAUGUCAAAACUGUAAAGAAAAGGGUUGUGAGUGUAUUCGUAUUCAGCCGAAAGUUUCGCGUGGCCGUCCCCAAGGUACGCUUAAUGGACAGGGGAAAUCCCUCAAAAAAAUUACAAACAAUAUAGCUGGGAAGAGAGCUAGAAAACCUAGGAGAAGGCAAUCGACCAAAUCUAGCGAUGUCAAAUAUAACGAUGUCAAAUAUAACGAUGUCAAAUAUAACGAUAUCAUAAAAGAAAUACUCAAUCAUGAAGGUGUUGUUGGUAUUGACGGAAAUAAUAAUAAUGAUCCAUCAACUUUGGGUUUUUAUAAUGGAUUGACGCCCUCCUCAUCUUUUCAAAGUACAUUGUCAACACCUUCAUAUUCGUUCACAUCUUCGCAUGAUACUUACGACAUUAACAAUAACAAUCCUGUCUUUGGAAGUAGCAACUUGACUGAUUCACCAAUUCAAGCUCCGUUUAGCUUUAUUGACAUCUCCAAUCGAUACAAUGUACACCCACUUCAAAUCCAAAUUCCACCAGAAAACAUUAGUGAUUUUGUGCUUGGUCCUAAUGCGUUAACUACAAAUGUUGAUCUUGAGAUAGUUAAUGAUAACUAUGGAUGUGAAGUGGAUCCAAUACAAUUCCAUCAUUGGUUAAUGCACGGUUCGUUAGAUUCAUUCAAUAGUUCUACAUCAAUGAAUGAACAAUAUGUAGAUUACUUGAAAACAGCAUCUAUCUCAAAUGCAAAUGUUGGUAAUUACCAACUCAAUGCUCCUCCUACUGAUACCAAUACAUAUCCAAUGAAUUCACCAUCUUGCCAAAACUGUACUCGUGCAUGUGAUCAAUGUAUUGAUGCGCAUGCUAAGUGUAAUCUGAGAGAUGGGUUUUCUUUGUGCGAUAGAUGUAUUGAUAAUAACAAUAAGAAUUGCAGUUUUAAUAAACCUCACGAAAAAAGAGGUCGCAAACCUGGUAGCAAAAACGAACCAAAGAUGAAUGAAACUGAAAACAGCAAUUCUAACAAUGUCAACGUUGUUGAUAAUGUUGUCAAUGAUACUCAUUGA